UGUCUUCUGUUUUUCGUUCCACGGUGUUGUGAAAGAAAAGAAAAAACGAUCAUACCAGUGGGACAAGAAAAGAAGAGAAAGACUGGAGGUGUCUCGAUGCUUUCAUUGCAAUUUUCGCACUUGACCGCAGGGGUAAGCGUGCUUUACGAUCCGCGGUAAGAUUACCAUCAAUGCUGGAGGUGGACGGAUCGCUACCCCUCGAUCUCCCCUCUAUCAUUCCCGGAUGCGGGUUUGAUGUUGUGGUGGUGGAAAAACGUGUGGUGGGGCUAGAUCGAGUUAGGGGGAGGCUUGCCGCCAACGAGUGUCCAAUAGUGGGGGGAAAGCGCGGGUUAGCAGCCGGGACACGCCAGGCGUAGAAUUCAGUAAGCGAACGGCUCUCAACGGCCACGAACGUGUUUUUCGUUCUUCGGUUCCCGCGCAUGCAUAUAUAUGUAUGUAUAUAUGUACCCGAGACUGAUUCGAAAGAAACAUAAUCGAGACGCUGUCGAAAAUUCGCAUCAUAACUGUAACGGACAGUCGCGACACAUACCCGGUUUUACGAGAGUUCACUAGCAAAAACAGUUCUUUGGUUUCUUCAAUUUUCCAUUCUUCAAUUUUAUUUCCGCAACUGUGGCUUUAACAAUUCAAACUGGAUUCCAACAAGCAGUACGUGUCGCGAUUACAUCGCGGCUACCGGAGGCUUAAAAAAUUAUUCAAGGUAAGAAGAAAACACACCCCUACGACAAUCCUGUAAACCGAGAGCGCGCGCGCUAGAUAAGGAAGAAAAAUAACGAAGCAGUCCGCGAAAGGUGUGAUCGAGUGUGACGCCGCGCGGAAACUCCCGUCCAAGUGCCUGUUCUUGCGGAAACAGAGGCAAACUCUAGGAACGUUUGUUCCUGUUUACAAAUCGUUUGAUCAGAUUCUCGCCAAGUGUCGCUUAGGGAAUUACUCUUCGUGACAAUGGGCUAGCGCGUUUCAGCCAAUCGCGUCUCAACGAAACUCGAUUGUUUAUCAUUCGUGGAAAUCCGCCGAAAUGUUCGACCUGCUCCGCGAACAAAGCAAGCCUACAACCAUUCUAUUCUUCUGUUCAGUCAAAUAUCUGAGAAUCGUCCGAAGCAACGUUCCCACGGAUCGCGAUACUAUUCCCGACAAGGAGAGUGUGGUAACUUUGUACUCAAAAGGCGCGUCUUCUCAGUGACCGCGUGUGGCGAACCAGGCGCUUACCGUUUCGCCACAGCCGGCAAUAACGGUGGAGGGGCCGGUGUCCAAAAUGUCUCCACCAACGAACGACGUGACCAAUGGCGUGGUAGCGCCACCCAACACCUUGGCGCCCCGGGGUUCGCCGACCUCGUCCCUUACAUCCAUCACCCCGCCAACGCACAAGCGGAAUCCCAAGGACUUCAUCUUUGGCAAGGCGAUCGGCGAGGGAAGCUUCUCCACCGUUUACCUCGCCAAAGAUAUCCAUACUGGGAAGGAGUACGCGAUAAAAGUGUGUGAUAAGCGUCACAUCAUCAAGGAGAAGAAAACGGAGUACGUGAAGCGGGAGAAGGAGGUGCUAAACAUGCUCGCGGGCGCGAAACACUCGUUCGUGCGCCUGUUUUGCACCUUCCAAGACGUCGAAAGACUCUAUUUCGUUCUAUCGUACGCGAAAAAUGGUGAGCUCUUGCCGUAUAUCAACAAGGUGGGCUCGUUCGACAUCGAGUGUACCAAGUUCUACUCGGCGGAGAUCCUUCGCGCUCUCGAGUACCUUCACGGGCUCGGCAUCAUCCAUCGCGAUCUCAAGCCGGAGAACAUAUUGUUGGACGAGAAGAUGCACGUGCUCAUCACCGACUUUGGUAGCGCGAAAAUUCUCAAGGAUCCGGAGACAGUGGAGACGCACCCCGCAACGGACGAUUCGCAGCAGCAGCAACAGCAGCAGCAGCAACAACCGUACCGAAGAGAACGCAGGGGUUCGUUCGUUGGUACCGCCCAAUACGUAUCUCCGGAACUUUUAACCGACAAGACGAGCAGAGCCUCCGAUCUCUGGGCCCUCGGCUGUAUAAUCUACCAGAUGGUCGCUGGUCUGCCACCGUUCCGCUCUAGGAGCGAGUACAUGAUAUUCCAAAAAAUCCUGAAACUCGAGUACGAAAUCCCUGACGGAUUCUGCGAGCUGGCGAGGUCGCUCGUCAGUCAGCUGUUAGUGCUCGAGCCAUCGCAGAGAUUGGGUGCGCAGGACGAACAUGGUGCAGGAUAUCCCAGCAUCAGGGCGCAUCCGUUCUUCGAAGGUGUCGACUUUGAAACCCUCCACGAGCAGACACCACCGCCGAUCUAUCCCUACCUGCCUGGUACGUCUGAGAACGAGGAGCUUAGGUCGCAAUACAGGGUUCCCGAUCAUCUAGAACCCGGUCUCGACGACAAACAGCUCACCAGGCUUCUUGGUCUGGGCAUCGGCGAAGACGACGACGACGACGACGAUGAAGAAGAUACCACCACCGAGCGCGAGAAACCCGCGCAACCCAGUACGGUCGUCGAAAAACCAAGGAGAACGAGGACCACUGCUGACGGUAGUAACAUCGCCGAUCUAACGCCGGAGGAGAUCAGAAACCGGCUAGAGAAGCAACAUGCCUCGAACCAGUGGGACUGUUUCGUCGAGGGCAACCUGAUACUGAAGCAGGGCUUCGUCAACAAGAGGAAAGGUCUCUUUGCUAGACGAAGGAUGCUCCUGCUCACUACCGGACCACACCUAUAUUACGUCGAUUCUGUAAACAUGGUGCUGAAGGGCGAGAUACCUUGGAGUCCGGAACUCAGGGUCGAGCCGAAGAGCUUCAAGAUCUUCUUCGUCCACACGCCAAACAGAACGUACUAUCUCGAAGAUCCCGAAGGAUUCGCAUUGGAGUGGUGUAGAGCGAUCGAGAAUAUGCGAGUCCAUUACUACGGCCUGCAGGAGUCCACCGCUUAAACAAAAGACUGAUGAACACAGAUCGUUUCGGAUGGAACAGAGCAAAUGAACGUUUCACCGAUUACGGUAAUAACAAUGUCCGCGAGGUGCGAUCAUCGAUGUAUUAUUAAUUUAUGGCCAGAGGGGGCGUUUAUUUAGAACGUUUGUUAGCGUGUAACUCGGCAUUAGGAAAAGUACAUUCUAGUAUAGGUUAGCGUUUUUCUAACGCGUUCAAAGCACUGUGUACAGAUUAGGAAAAUUUUCUAGAUAAAAAUACAAAGUGUUUAUAUAAUAGUAGACUUCUGUUGAAAUACAGAGGAAUGGAGAGACAUACAAAAGGCAAAAAGUGUUAUCGAAAUCGUGCAAUUGCCGGUUUUUUCACUAGUUACAUUUUGCUAUUUAUUAUCGAACUCGAGGAACCUUGAAAAAGCUGCGCGACGUUCCUCGCACGUGAACACACAAAGAAUAGCGAAAUUUUUAGCCAAGGUUUUAGCUGUGUGUAUUCACAAUGUUAAGUGCUGCCUGUGACAUAACGUUCGUGAUCGAGGUCGCCUGGCUGCCCACUACUUUCAUUACGGGGAAAGGAAAAUAAAGUCGUUCAUCCGCGCGAAUUUUGUUAUUUAUAAUUCGUGACACGUAAUCGGGACAUCGCAAUCAAAAUUUUAUCGUGUUAAAUCGACGCUUCGUAACUCUUUGGGAGAACAGACGAGAAACAGUAGUACCUGGUUGACGAAGAAAGGAACAAAAGAGUUAUACUAACGUAAACGGAAGCCAGGCGUAUGUCGAUUAUUUGCGUUUAAAACAGUGGCAGCAUGUAGCAAUUUUGUUCCAAAUAUAGCCAAAAUUACUUAGAAAAAUACAGACGAGUUCUUUUAGAAGUUAAAACGACGGCGGAGUGACAAUGUGUGAUUCGUAUGAUAGUUUUGUGUUCGCUGUCGAUUUUACGAAUCUAGGACAUCAAUUUAUAUAGUCGAAGUUAACCAAAAAAAAAAAGAUAAAAAAAUGCAGUGGGGGACAACAUUGCCGCUUUGCAGCUUUAAUAAAUAGUUUACGUUGCCUGAAAGGGAUUUGCGGAAUGUUGCGCGUUAUUCCGUUGGGUCCCUUGCUCUCUUCAUAUUACAGUAUUCUUCUCGUUGUUCGUUACCCCUUUUCCUCCUCGGUACGUUGUAAAUAUUAGCGCGAUUUCACGAAGAGCAGGCUUCGUAAAGCAUAUACUAAUUCUAUACAUAGUUCUAUAUAUAUAUAUAUUUGUAAGUACAAAAAUCGUUGUCCAACCACGGCGUUUUUACGUUCGUUUCUUAGUCCGAUUAUCUUCGUCUCCGAUCUGGCCCUCGCGGACGCGAUCGAACAAUGUGUAUAGCCGGGAAUUAGAAAAACAUUGUUUAGGUCUUAAUUGGAAGUAAUCUUUAGUAGUUUAAAAGAAAAAGAUGCAAGAAGAGGAGCAGAUUAGCGUUUGUUGUACAAAGAGAAGCGGUGGAAAUGGGAAGAGUGUUUUUUUUUGUUCUUUUCCCGCGUAAGACUUGGCACUUGAACACUAUAAAUUAAGUAGUUAGGAAAUAGAAUCCCUUAAAAAGGAUAGCUUUAAGAGAAGUAGUAUCCCGUUUAGAUUUGCGAGAAUCACACACACAAACACAAACACAUACUACACUCGUUGCGUUCAAGCUAUCGUCGUUGUCGUUCUUACUACUAUUAUAAGUUUCUAAUAUUUAGUAACUCUACUACGAUUAUAGUUAACAAUAUUAAUUAAUUAUUUCAUCGUAUUACCAACGUAUAAGUAUUUUUCUCCCCUCGUAACUGUCGACGUAUUUAAUCGAACGAUUUUGUUUUUUCAUUUUUUUUCUUCUCAUGCGCGAUCUUUUCUUAAUUUAUUAUUCGCCGUAAUCGUCCUACGUUUAUUUAUUUUUUAUAGUUUACGUUUCCGCGUUAGUAAGGAUCACACGCUUCGUUUACGUGUAGACGUUCACAUACAGACUUAGUACUACUACCGCUACUACCACUGCGACUAUUAUUAUUAGUGCUAUUACUAUUACUAUUACUAUUACUAUUACUAUACCUAUUACUAUCCCUAUCAUAGCGUCGUUGUUGCAUACGUAGAUACACGCGUGCGGAUGCGUGCUCGUCGCGUGUAUAUACGCAUGCACGUGCUUAUAAUACGUUCUGUAACUUAUAUUAUUACUCUCUAUCCUCUUUAGGCGUAAUUUUAGGUAUUUUGUAAAUAAUACUGCCACGUUUAUCGCGUCGACUUGCCGAAACGCUAUUCCUCGACUUUGUGGCGCUAUCGAGUCGUGGCCGGACUGUGUACGAUACAGCUGUAUAUUAUCUAUACAUAAAUAUUCUAUAUAUACAUAUAUAAUUAUAUAUAUAAAAAGGGUAUAUAUAUAUAUAUAUAUACACACAUAGACGCGUAUAGUUAUAUAAAAUAUUUAUGAAUUGUGAAUAGUAGUUAGGAAAAUCGUGUAUAAACGUUCGUUUGUAGAUUUUAGGCCGAAUACGCGCUUAGGUUUAAUACUUUGUUGACGUUACCUUUGCCACGACUUGAAUGCGCCGUUUCAUUACACGUUGUAUUAUAAACGCAUGAUAAUCCCCACGUUCUCCUCGCGAUAUUUAGAAAGACUUAAACAGGGUAUUCGGAGAAGUAUUCGACGGAGGGUGGUUCGGUGGUCGUGUCUGCGACGCCGCGUGAAUGUGCUCGAAAAAAUGGUGAUUCAUUUAUGGAUCAGCAUUGUCCUCGUGCCCAGUGGCUUUUCAAAAUGACCGCUUUUGGCUUGCCACGUACGGUGCUUGCGGGCUAAAACGGGGCGCAUGGGCUCGACGAUCGUCCACCCUUGUCGUUUCUUUCUCUUCAACUAGUGAGAAUUGAUCGCGAGGAGGAGUUAUUCGAUAGUUGUUGCCGCUGACACCCCUGCCCCCUCCGCGUCCCAAUCCUCAUACUCUUCGUUCCGCAGAAUAGCGUUUCGGUAGCGUUAGGUAAAAUGAAGCACCAACACACGCAGUCUUUCUGUCAAAACGAAGCACGUGUCGAGGACAUUCUCAAAAUUUAAGAAGCAUGCGAAUUUUGCUUUAACAAAGACGACGCGGCGACGCUGUUUCACGGCCGAGUCCGAUAUUAUAGUUCCUCGUUGCCUCGACCAACUGCUUCCUUUCCGAAGAAAGAAUGCGUUCACUAUCCUGUCAUCAACCCUGAGAAUCGUUUUAAUCAUGGGUCGUUGAUACGGAGUGCGACACCGGCGUUUCCAUUGUUGUAAACUUUGUAGGUUCUACGUUUUAUGUAGACGUUGCAAACUUUCUGAUGGAAAUGCGUAAAUUUUUCCUAAGCGCUGGCUCCUGUCAAGGGGAAGGAUGGUCGCUUAUUAAAUAGUUUUCCGUCGGUUUUGGAAACUGGUCUUGAGAUUCCUAACCCCAAAGGGCGACGCUUACCUCCUUUUUUAUUAUAGUUCACUUGCUCUAACUGAACUUAAAGAAAACUUCUAGUGUAUUUGUUGAGUGUCAUUCGACGCAAAAGAUCUAGCUAAUUUAAUUUAUACGCUCGCGAGAGGGAAGAACGAAUACUUAAAAAGAUCAAGCAAGAAUAUGUGUAUCUAAGAAAAGAAAACAUUCGAAUACACUAAUGUAAACUACGCAAGCAAUAACAGCAAGGCCUUGCGAUUAUUCAAAUGCCUACCGUUUCGGCGUAACAAGGACGGUUCAACUAUUAAUUGCAGUAUUAUUAAAUGUAUGCAGACUAAAGUACACUUACACGCGUACACCUACACAACGGUUUACUUAUACACAUUAAAAACUUCACAUUGGAUAAGAAGACUCUGUAAAUAGUUAGUAUGUAAUUGAUAUUAUAGGUGAUACAACCUAUUAAUAUUAACAUCAAAUUUAUUUAUAGUAAAUUUUCCGAAAUAUCGCAUA